CUUUAUGAAUUGAAAUUAUGUAAUUGUUCAUUGAAAUUGCAUCAUACAUAUUUCACAUAGCGUAACAAAAUUUUUGUGUCUUAUCAUGUAAGCAUAAAAAAGAGGGUUUAAAUCAGUGUUUGGAUGUUUGAAAUGAAGCUUCAUCUUCUUUUACCUCCAUGGGAAGGUGAAUGAAAGGUGAAUUCGAACUUGGCGCAGGACGGUCCCCACUCCGGUUUCGGACCAAUCCAGGCGGGACCUGAGCAGAAGCAGAUCGACGCAGGCCUUCAGUGUGCAGUCGGCCUUCGCUGUUUCGUCCGUCAGUCGUCAGAGACCAGUUUUCUCAAGCAGAGGACGUCGACGUUCCAACUUCUCAAGUUAUUCGGUUAAUCCUCUCGACCCCAAGCCGUUUUCCUGCUUCCGCCUUGGCCAGGGACCAUGUUCUCCUUGGUACCGAUCUCCUUUCCGAACUAAACCCCUCGACGAAAUACCGAGUGUGUGGCAGUUUUAGGACCUGAGUGUUUCCUACGUGGAUAACGAUGGGAACCAAGGAGCUGGACUUCAACGUCUGGACCGUCCUCACCAACAUCGAGUGGCACGAUCCUCUCCUGAUAGGGAUCAUCCUCUUCCACAUCGCAGUCACUCUCAUGGCACUACUGACCAGGAACCACGGCAACUUCCAGGUCCUCCUCUUUUUGACUUUGCUGUUGCUGGUCUACUUUUCUGAAAACAUAAAUGAAUUGGCUUCCCACCACUGGAUGCUUUUAUCAAAUCAGCAAUAUUUUGAUAGCAAGGGGAUGUUUAUUUCACUCAUAUUUUCAGUUCCAAUACUUCUGAACUGCAUGGUGAUGAUGGCAAGCUGGCUGUGGCAGUCGAGCGAACUUAUGGUCCAACUAAAAAGUGCACAGCUGAAACAGAAACGGGAAUUGGCACAGAAUGGUUGCAGCUCGGCUGAGUCCAAGAAGUCAAAGUGAUUGGUUUGCAAGACUGAAACAUCACAUUUUUAUGCUGACUAAUUAAUGAUUUUAACCGUUUU